CUUUCCGCUUAGUAGGUGUAUUAUUUUUAUUUUUGCCACCAGUUUUGAGACAAAUCCCACCUCCUCCGCUAGGGGUGGCUACAUAUAUAAUAACAAAUCUGGCGACUGAAGACUCCGAUUGGGGGAACUCCUUCGCGAAAAACGAGCUUAUAGCCAAUAGUAGCACAGCAAAGGCGGGACCUCCAUAAUUACGUAGUGGCAUUCGGAGCGGAAAGCUCCUAUUGGCUAUCGGGCGAUUAAAGGUACUCUGCUGAGCUCUGAUUGGUCAGCGCGUUUUUUGACGCGAAAUUCAAACUAUGUAGUAACUGGCGCUUUUUCCCUCCCUGAUUUCAUUAGUCAGUGGCGUCUGGAUUUGACCGCGUAAACCGACAAUGCUGAGUUAGUGUACAGCAGUCCGCGCCAGAACAGUUACCUAAAUUUGCAAGACUCGUGUAAAAAAACCUGGAGCUUUAUUUUCGAGUUUUGUGGUGACCAAACUGUAAAGGCACAGCUAUGAAGUGCCUGAACCGCAGAAGAGCUUCAGCGGCGGAAGCGGAAACGGAAACGAGCGCCGGGUUAAAGGGACUGAAGAAAAGCGCGCCAUCUUCCAGCGUGCCUUCCUCCAUCUCUCAGCACCUGGACAGCGAGCCCAAAGGGCCUCAUAACAAAGAGAACUGCAGGGAAAAGCCCUGUUCUGUAGAGGUGCUGUCUGAUGAUGAGGUGCUCCUGAGCAGCUCCAGUCUCACAGAAGACAGCGGCUAUCUGUCCCUUCACAACAGCCAGCUUGAGCACUGUGAUGGAGACACACAUUGUAUAGAGACUCUGGAGAAAUGCACAGAGGCAAAAGACUGCACACUGUCUCCAAUUCAUUCAGACUCGAAAUCAAGUUGCCUUCCUGUACUGAAGUUCCAGGAGGAGGUAUGCAAACAGCUGGCCAAAGGCUACAGGAAAAGCCAAAGCUAUGACUGGACUGUGAUUAAUAAGCUAGCUGAGCGUUAUGGUCUCCAUAACAUCAUUGGUGCAAAGAUGGGCCUGGAGUAUGUAGAUAUUCUUUGUGGCUUGUUGAAGAAAGACAUGAAGCACAUCCUGACCAGGAUCUUGGGCUUACUUGGAGAGUGUGACUUGAUAAACUGUAAAAAAGUGAGCAAGACAUGGCGGAAAAUCAUUCACCAAGACGGGAGAGCCGUUCAGAGAUGCAAAAAUGCAGAGCAAAUGCCAAGGGACUCCAGAAGGUCGACAGAGUCUUUAUCCAGAGACUUUGGCCUUAGCAGAGUGGUAUUUUCUUGCCUACAGAGUGUGGCCUCCUCAACACCAGGGCACAAACCCACGAAGAAGAUCCACAGCCAAACAGACAGCACGAGAAACGCAGCCAAGCCAAGCCGCUUUGCCGAGUUUCACGAGGCUACUAAAACCCUGAAAGGGCACGAGGCGCUGAGGAGUUGCCGUCUCUGUGGUUCUCCCGCACGGUUCGACUCGGCCAUGAAAAGGGCGGUGUGCAUGCGGGCUAGCUGUGCUUUCGACUUCUGCUCGCUGUGCCAGUCAGCGUACCACGGGUCCACACCAUGCCCGAGGGGCAUAAUAAAGGCAUCGUCAUCACAAUGCCAGACCGCUCCGCUAGCAGGUUCCACUCGCAGCAAACGCAGCAUCCGGCGCCUCUGAGUUCCACUAACUCAGGAAACACAAUUUGCACCUUUAAAAUGAGCCUUUAUUUCUUCAGAAUUCUUUUAUAAUAGUUUUAUAAUGUGGACGUUUUAUAUAUUUCUCAGUGUCCUUAUUGUGAACCGAUGCAGGUCACUUUGUCUGUGGUCCUAGCAUAUGUUUGUAAUGUACUGAAUGCCAAAAAAAAAAAAAAAAGAACGAGGGGAAAGAACAGCCUUCUCCACUGAUACUGUAAAAAUUUUAUAAGCUUUUAUAAUUGUAAGUAUAUUAAUGAAAUCACUAUUUGUGUGCCUUGUCCAAGCAAAAUGUAAAUAUUUACAUGGCUGAAUAAAGAGUCCUAUAUUUUUUUAAACUU